UACCGUUACCUUUUUAAAUAUUAGUUUGUGACUGUAUAGAUAUAUUUUUAAGUUUGGCGACACCGGCGGUUUACGCUUGGUGUUAUGAGCGACACACGGAGGUCAGACGUGCAGUGGGCAGCCGACUGUCGUGUCCGAUUCUCACAAAGCUGCUGGUGCUUUGAAAGCUGCCUGAUGAUGUUGUAGCAUCGAUCAUCUUAAAAGUGAAGCAUGCCUGGGAAAUUAAAGGCCAAAAUUGUGGCAGGGCGCCACUUGCCUGUGAUGGACAGAGCUAGUGAUCUCACUGAUGCUUUUGUGGAGGUCAAAUUUGGUAACACAACAUUCAAAACGGGUGUCUGUCCAAAGUCCCUCAACCCGCAGUGGAACUCUGAGUGGUUCAAAUUUGAGGUCGACGAUGAAGACUUGCAGGAUGAGCCCUUACAAAUUACAGUGUUGGACCAUGACACUUACAGUGCUAAUGAUGCCAUCGGGAAGGUUUACAUUGACAUUGACCCACUACUGUGCAGUGAGGCUGCUUCUGUUAUCUCUGGCUGGCUUCCCAUCUAUGACACCAUCCACGGUAUCCGAGGGGAAAUCAAUAUCAUCGUGAAAGUGGAGCUCUUCAAUGAUUUGAACCGUUUCAGACAGUCCUCCUGUGGGGUCAAGUUCUUCUGCACUACAUCUAUUCCACGUUGCUACCGGGCAGUAAUGGUUCACGGAUUUGUGGAAGAACUUGUUGUGAAUGAAGAUCCAGAGUACCAGUGGAUUGACCGUAUUCGAACUCCUCGGGCCUCCAACGAGGCUCGUCAAAGGCUCAUCUCUCUCAUGUCUGGAGAGCUACAGAGGAAGAUUGGGCUUAAGGUCCUAGAAAUGGGUGGGAAUGCUGUGGUGGGCUAUCUGCAGUGUUUUGACCUGGAGGGAGAAUCAGGCCUGGUUGUGCGGGCUAUAGGUACCGCCUGUACACUGGAAAAACUCAGCUCUGGAAGUGCCCCCAACACCAACACUCACAUUCACCCUAACACAGCACCUGCUUCCAAUGCCUGCAAUUCCCCUUCUAAAGAUGGAAAGGAGCCGGUAUUUGGUGAGGACCUCCCUUCGUCCUCUGGCCCGCCUACCCCUUUCAGAGCCCUUCACACAUCCUCCUCCUCUCCUCCCCCCUUCUUUCCCUCCAAGCCAUGCAGCCGCCAGUCCUCAUCAUCAGACACAGACCUCAGUAUGACGCCCAAGACGGGAAUGGGCAGUGGGGGCAGCGCUGGGAAGGAGGUGGGACCGCUGAAGACCCUGCUCAGACAGCAGACGCAAACAGCGCUUGAACAGAGGGAAUUCCCAUUCUUCACCUUAACAUCUUUCCCACCUGCUUUUCUGGUUCAUCUUGGUGGAGUGGUCAGCGCACGCUCUGUCAAAUUGCUGGACCGGAUACACAACCCUGCCUUGGGUAACACGCGCUCAUACAAACUGCUAGACUGGAAUAGUGUCACUGCAGAUGAGCCAGAGACUCGUGAUGCUUGGUGGGAAGAGAUUCGUCAGGAGAUCAAAUCUCAUGCCAGAGCUCUUGGUUGCCAUGCUGUUGUGGGGUACAGUGAGAACACGAGCAUCUGUGAAGAGGUCUGUAUUCUGUCGGCGUCGGGUACUGCAGCCAUCUUGAAUCCUCGGUACAUGCGUGAAGGCUGUCUAGACAUCGGAAGCAUUGACCACAGGUUUGAUGAGCCUUCUCCCCCAAGCUGUGGCUUCUGUCAUAUCCCAUAUGAUGAACUCAACAUUCCAUUUCCUGCGCAACUCACCUACUGUUACCACUGUAGGCGACAGAAGGUUCCUGAUGUACUGUUUACAACAGUUGAUUUACCACCAGAAGCAGCUGUUACAGGGAAGGGUUGCCUUAUUCAGGCCAGGCUGUGUCGUCUAAAGAAGAAAGCCCAAGGAGAGGUGAAUGCAACAGCGAUCUCCAACCUGCUGCCUUUCAUGGAGUAUGAGCUGCACACUCAGCUGAUGAACAAAAUGAAGCUGCGCAGCAUGAACGCUCUGUUUGGAUUAUGCAUACAAAUCAGCAUUGGCGAGAACAUGUUGCUGGGACUGGCUUCUGCUACAGGAGUCUAUCUCACAGCCUUGCCUGCACCAGGAGGCAUCCAGAUUGCAGGGAAGACUCCUGGUGAGCUGAACAAUGAGCAUCAUAUUUCGACCAUCCAGAAAAGGAUCAAUGACACUAUAUCCAAGAACAAAGAGCUCUAUCAAAUAACUCCCCCGAAAUUAUUUGCCCUGGACCCUGAUGUGUUCGGCGGCAUAAAAAUGGAGCUGAUGGAAGAAGCAGUUGGCUCUCCAAUCCCUGAGCCCAGACAACGAACCAAGCUCUUUCGUUCUCAUUCUGAGAGCUCAGAUGAGCUCUCAGAACUGGACCUCUCUCAUGGCAAGAAGGAUGCCUUUGUCCUGGAGGUAGAUGACACUGAUGCUAUUGAGGACAUCCACUCCCUUCUCACUGAUGCACCGCCGCCUACAGGUUUUUACAGCUGUAACGCAGAAAUCAUGCCUGGGAUUAACAACUGGACUUCAGGAGUACAGAUGUUCACAUCAGUGAGGGUCUUUAGGUUGAGUAAUGCCAAUCUUACCAAUCAAGCUUUGAAUAAGAUCUUCACUGACCUUUGUGAAAAUCUGUUAAAGAGUUUUUACUUCAAGUUGCGCUCCAUGAUACCCUGCUGUCUUUGUCAUCUCAACUUCACUGUAGCUGUGCCAGAAGAGGAGCUGAUUCAGGUUGCAGUCACAGCAGUUGCCAUGAGCUUUGACAAGGAUCAGACUCAGGAGAAACCAGGAGACAAGGCCACCGCCAAAGGUGGCAAUGAGGCAGAAGAGCAGUUGCAGUUUCCCCUGGAGUUAUGUGCAGAGUCAUCGAGUAGUAUUCAAGCAUCAGCCAAAAUCUCAGGUGUCCCAGAGAGUGCCAAUGUCUCCACACGAGCUGCCUCCGUUGAUUACGGUUCCUUUGCAGACAGAUGCAGCACCUGGCUAGAGCUGCUUAGACUGAAAGCUCACACCAUAAGACGGGGAUCAGUUAAGACAAGUAGGAGGACACAGUCUCUAGCACACUCUGUCUCAUCAUUGGAGCAUUCCAGUCCACUACCAGAGGGACGCUCUCGCUCGUUGCGCUCCAACCGUUCAUUCGGAGGCAGUUCUGUCCCAGUGGUGAAGAUGACACCACUUUCCUUCCUUCCUGGGACACGCAUCAUUAAGUACCUCGGGAUCAUCAACAUGUUCUUUAUCAGAGAGACAUCUUCAUUACGGGAGGAAGGUGGUGUCAGCGGGUUCCUCCAUACUUUCAUAGCAGAGGUGUUUGCAAUGGUUCGAGCCCAUGUAGCAGCUCUGGGUGGCAAUGCGGUAGUGUCCUACAACAUGAAAGAAUGUGUGUUCAUGGAAAAUCCAAACAAGAACCAGGCUCAGUGUCUCAUUAAUGUAAGUGGUGAUGCUGUCAUCUGUGUCAGAGAUACUGAUCAAGACUUUAUGUCCUCAACGACAAACAUCGGCCAGACGUGCAGCAGUGGAAUAGACGGGACUACAUGACAAUGAAACACAGACCCUCACUCAAUCUGCACAACUCUAGCCGUCCAAAUAUGAGUAAUUUACAGCGUAUGUACACCUUUAAACUCUGCAGAUAUUCCAAAGGUUAGAACACAAGUCCAUAAAGAGCAAGUACUUAUGAGUGCACACACAAAAUCAAGAACAAAGAGUGUAUGAAGAGUGCAGGACAUAGAUAAAUCUUCUGUGUUCAGAGCAUUUUUGCAGAAUUUGCUGGGAUUGGACCUGUUGAGAAUCUGUCAAAACUUUUUCAUGGGUGAACAUUCAGCCAUGCUACUCCCUCAUCUCUUAUCUUUUGCACAUACUAAAGUGCCCAUAUUAGGGCUGCCUUAGUUUACUAAAAAUGAAUAUUGGCCAUCCCCCUGUGUUUGGGCUUGAGUAACAUUUCAGGCAGUUUCCAGAAAACGUGUGCCAGUCACAACAGUCAUGUAAAGGUCAACACUGCAUGUGCUCUUUACAGCUACAGUGUGUAGGAUUUAGCAGCACUUCUUAAUAGAAAUUGAAUAUAACAUUCAUAAGUCUGUUCAUUAGUCUAUAAAUUACCUGUAACAAUGAAUUGGUGUGUUUUCAUGAGCUUAGAAUGAGCCUUUCAUUACUGCCUGACCAGAAGGGAAACAAUAUCGUGAUGGGCAAGGGUGUGAUGUAAUCUGCACCAUCAGCGCUAGAUGAUGCUAAGUCCUACAGACAGUAGCUUUAAGAUAAAAAAUUUAAAUGAAAUAGUUUUUUAACAACCAUGACCGAUCUUUGAAGUUGUCAUCCUGCAAAAUAUGCUCUGAUGUUGGCGGUCAGUUUUAGCAUGUCUGAAUUGGGAUGUCAUCCUGAUUCCACUCACAGUAUUUUUCACAUUAUUGCGUAUGUUGUCAAAACUGCUUCACAUGUCACAUAAUGUUGCAGAUUGCUGUCUUGUCUCUACCUUUGCAGAAUUAACGGGAAGAUUACUGAUAUACACAUUUUUGUAGUAAUAAUAACCAUGUCAAAGAAAACCUUUGACAUUGGACUUGCAUGGACGGCCAGUGAGAUGUAAGUUUUUGUUCUGUUUGAGCAAGUAAUUUUUUUUUUUUUUUUUGAGCUCUCCAUCUAAAAGAAUGCUAAUCAGUUGAAACCUGCAGUAUGGGCUUUUGAUUGUACAUGAUUGCCCUUCUGUGAUAUCUGGCAGUUUUAUUCAUUAAAACUCUUACAAAUUAUGAAUUUUGUUUUUAAUCUUAAACAGGUGAAAUUAAAGAACUUUUUAAAUCCCUUUAAGUCACAUCUGCAUUGAGCAGUAGGUGUGUGAUGAGUAAUAAUUGUAUAGACAUGCAGACUUUGCCAUGUAAUGUUGCAGAUUCCCCCUGACUCAUUUGUUUGAGAUCACUGUGAAUGAAAUCAGACAUUUGUCUACAAGGUUGUGUGAACUGAAGAAUCUGAGUAUUCACUUAAAGCUUUUGGAUCACUUUCUGUUGAUGCUUAUUUUUUUGUAAAAUUUAACGGCCAUAUGCCAAACUCUGUCGCUGUUACUUUGGCUUUAGUGAUGUCCUGCUACUGAUCUGACCACCUCCCUACAUUGGAAAGUGUGUCCAAAGUUUUCGCUGGUAGUAUACGUAAUUCCUGCAGUGGUAUUUAAGCAUCAUUUGUAGGUGCCUAAAAAUUGCAUGUCUUUAAAAUCAUAUUUUUGUAACAAUAAAUUUGUUAGACUUAUUUUGUCUGUGCAAUGAAUUGAUGUUGAGACUUACUGCUUCAGAGUAGCAGUAUGUUCAUAUGGUUUUAUGGUCUGGAAUUUGUGCAUAAUUUCAUAUUUUUGUAAAACUUGAAUGUAUAUAUUAGGCAGAUUUUGCUCUCUGACUAGCAGCAUGUAGACCUAUUUGUUGUUUCCAUGAUUGUGCUUGUGUGAUGCGUCUUGCACAAUAAACUAAACUAAAAUUGUA